AUGAAAACUAAUUUGCCUCAAAAAUCGUACAACAAUGGAGACUCCAGCAAGCUAGACUUUUUAUCCUCGCUAAAUAACUCUACAAGAAACCAGCUGACUGUAUUUUCACUUAAAAAUUUUUCACAGGAAAAAUCUAUUUUAAAUCUUCCGGAAUUUAUUGACGAAAAUAUAUGCAUUUGCCCGCUUCCAGAUAAUAAGGUAUUUUGCUAUGGAAACUUGUCAUGAAAUAAUACCGAAUCUCGUAUUCCUUCAGUAACUGGGCUAACUUUUAUUAUAAACCCAGAUUUAAGCAUAGAAAUUUUAGAGGAAGGUAUUAAAUGUUAUGGAUCUGGAGGAGUUUUUUAUGACGGUAAUGUCUAUGUUUAUGGAGGAUAUAAUGAUAUUGGGGUGAUUGAGAAAAUAGCUUCUAAAUAUAAUUUUCAGGACAAAAAUUGAAAAAUAAUUUCAAGUCUCCCAGUUCCUUCAUCGUUUUGUUCUUGUGUAGAAUAUAUGGGACUUAUCUUAGUAGGAGGUGCGAGCAGGUCAAAUAAAAUAUUCGCUUACGAUAUAGCUACUAAUUCUUAUUCAGAAUUUUUAUCAGAAAUUGAAGAAACGAAGAUUUUGUGCAAAAGCAAUGGGCAUGCUUAUAUUAUUAAUCCAGGUGGAUUUAUUUACGAGAGCGAAAACAAUAACCCUUUUGUAUGAAAAUCUAUAAACAAAUGUGAGUGAAGUAGAGAUUUUUGUGAUUUGAUCGGCUUUCAAAUGGUCUUUGAAAAUUAUUUUUAUUUUAUUGAAUAUGAAUAUGGAUUGUGCAACUACUAUAGAUUUGAUUUGGUCCGUAAAUGUAUGGAUUUUGACACUGUAAAUAAUUGGUUAAGGACUCAUUAUUUAUAA